AUGUUAAGAACAGCCGCUUCCAGAUUCGCUACAUCUACAUGUCGUACUUACGCUACUAAUGCACUACGUAAAAACCUAACAAUCGGUUUGAUUCCAGGUGAUGGUAUUGGUAAAGAAGUUAUUCCAGCCGGUAAGCAAGUGUUGGAAAAUUUGAACUCCAAACAUGGUUUGAAAUUUGAUUUCAUAGAUUUACAAGCUGGGUUCCAAACUUUUCUAGAUACUGGUAAGGCACUACCGGAUGAGACAGUUCAAGUGUUGAAGAGUCAAUGUCAAGGUGCUCUUUUUGGUGCUGUUCAAUCCCCAACAACUAAAGUGGAAGGUUACUCAUCACCAAUUGUUGCUUUAAGAAAGGAAAUGGGUUUGUUUGCUAACGUUCGUCCAGUCAAAUCUGUUUCUGGUACUAAAGAUAGGCCUGUAGAUAUGGUCAUUGUCAGAGAAAAUACUGAAGAUUUAUACAUUAAGAUCGAGAAGACAUAUAUUGAUAAGGCUACAGGGACUAGAGUUGCUGAAGCUACCAAGAGGAUAUCGGAAAUUGCUACGAGAAGAAUUGCAACAAUUGCUUUGGAUAUUGCCCUACAAAGGUUGAAAGUAAAUGGAAAGGCCACCUUAACUGUUACACAUAAAUCUAAUGUGUUGUCCCAAAGUGACGGUUUAUUCAGAGAAAUUUGUAAGGAUGUUUACGAAUCUAACAAGGACAAAUAUGGUUCCAUUACAUAUAACGAACAAAUCGUCGAUUCUAUGGUCUACAGAAUGUUUAGAGAACCACAGUGUUUCGAUGUCAUUGUUGCACCUAACUUAUACGGUGAUAUUCUAUCUGAUGGUGCAGCAGCCCUUGUUGGUUCAUUAGGUGUGGUCCCAAGUGCAAAUGUUGGCCCAGAAAUUGUCAUUGGCGAGCCAUGUCAUGGUUCUGCGCCUGAUAUUGCUGGUAAGGGUAUCGCUAAUCCAAUUGCUACUAUUAGAUCUACUGCUCUAAUGUUGGAGUUCUUAGGCCACAAUGAUGCUGCUCAAGAUAUCCACAGGGCUGUCGAAGCCAAUAUGAGAGAAAAUAAGAUUAAGACUCCAGAUUUGGGAGGCAAUUCUACCACUCAGCAAGUCACAGAGGAUGUGUUAGCAAGAUUGUAA